AUGGGUGCCAUAGUAUCGCUUCCUAUAACAAUGGGAAGCACGUUUGUUGCUUCCUGUGUGGGCGGGUGUUGUUCUAAUAUGAUUUCGAAGACGUUUAACACAUUGGGAUCUUCAUCCCUCGGAACUAGAUUGUUGUAUGCAUUUUGGCUGCUUAUCAACUCUCUGAUAUCCUGGAUCUCCAUGUCUACUAAUAAAAGUAUUCUCUGGCCGGGCAAAACAUGUACAUCUAUGGGUGAAUGCGGGUUCUUCACAGUCCACAGGUUUAACUUUGCCCUAGGCAUAUUGCACGCACUGUUAGGUUUUUCUUUGCUCGGAGUUAAGUCGACGAAGGAGGUAAGGGCAGCACUACAGAACUCAUGGUGGUCGGCGAAGUUCAUAGUGUACCUGGUACUUGUUAUUGUAUCCUUCACGAUCCCGAAUGAAUUCUUUGUCUUUUUCUCGAAAUGGGUCUCUAUGCCCAGCGGUGUAGUCUUUAUCCUUAUCGGCUUAAUUCUGAUAGUCGAUUUUGCUCAUGAAUGGGCUGAAACUUGCAUAUACCAUGUGGAGGUAGAGGACGAGAAUUCUGAUUUGUGGAAGAGAUUUUUGGUGAUUGGUACUGCCGGUAUGUACACUCUGUCCGCGAUAAUGACCGUUACAAUGUACAUUUUAUUUUCCAGAGGUGACUGUCAUAUGAACCAAGUAGCGGUGACCGUCAACUUGGUAUUGACCAUACUUACUUUGAUUGUAUCGAUUCAUCCAACCGUCCAGGAGGCUAAUCCUCGGUCAGGUUUAGCGCAAAGCAGCAUGGUCUCCAUGUACUGCACUUAUUUGACCCUAAGCGCAAUGACGUCAGAGCCGGAUGAUAAGAUGUGCAACCCACUGAUAAGAUCCAGUGGUACGAGGAAAGCCAGUGUUGUUAUUGGCUCUCUUUUCACUUUCAUAGCGAUUGCCUACACGACCACAAGAGCGGCAGCCAAUACUGCUCUGCAAGGAUCAAAUCCCAACGGUGAAAUAUACUUGGGUAACAAUUCUGCAGUGGAUGAAUCCCUGGACUAUGCAGGGUUGAGUGGACAGAGCAGAAACCAGCUUCGAUACGAGGCCAUAAAACAGGCUGUAGACGAGGGGUCCCUUCCGGAAAGCGCACUUUACGAUAACGUGUGGCUAAACAGACCUUCUACGAGUAGAGUUACUGGAGGGGAAGGCGAGGAUGACGAAGACGACGAGGUGACUGGCACCAAAUACAAUUAUUCGCUGUUCCAUUUCAUCUUCUUCCUAGCAACCCAGUGGAUAGCCAUCCUUUUGACCAUAAACGUCGGCAAGGACGACGUCGGUGAUUUCAUCCCCGUGGGGAGAACGUAUUUUUACUCCUGGGUGAAGAUACUUAGUGCGUGGCUCUGCUACGCGCUGUACAACUGGACUGUGAUUGCACCGCUCGUGUCGGACAAAUUCGAUUACGAUGGUUACUACUAA